GUAUAUUUGAAAAUCUUUUCAAUCUUGUUCUGAUAUUUGUAUCUUUUUACACAGGUUGAAACUAUCGGCGACGCAUACAUGGUAGUUUCCGGUCUUCCUAACCGAAACGGCAAACGACACGUAUGCGAAAUAGCCAACAUGGCGCUAACUUUGCUUAGUGAAGUAAUCACAUUCAAAAUUCGGCACCUUCCCGGCAGAGAGCUACAGUUACGUAUUGGUAUACACAGCGGACCUUGUGUGGCUGGUGUUGUUGGUCUCAUUAUGCCACGGUUUUGUCUCUUUGGUGACACGGUCAACACGGCAUCUCGAAUGGAGUCUUUAGGGCAAGCUCGCCGUAUUCACAUUAGCCCAUCAACAGCCCAUGCAUUAGAAGUGCUUGGUGGAUACAAGAUGACACCCAGGGGAUCAGUCAAUAUCAAAGGGAAGGGGAUUACAAAAACGUACUGGCUGGAAGGAAGAACUGGGUUUGACAAGGCACUACCCAAAUAUUCAUCGGAAAACAGUCACAACGACAGUGAUUUCCAUGAUAACGUCGAUGAUCCGAUAGUGAAUAUUGAUUGA